AAAGCUUCAGUCGAUUCCGAAUCCCAAGGAACCGGAAGCAGGGAGGAGGACCGACGGAAGGACUGAUGACCUGCUUGCAGGGCAAGUCUUCACCAAUUCUUGAGAUUCCUCUAGCUUCGUGUAAGCAGCAGCGACGGGGACAAUAUACAUCACGGAUUUGCAAAAUCCGAGGAGGCCUACUUGACUUUUGUUUACGGCCCUCCCAAGUUAUUGACACGAUGCCGAACAACACCCAGUUCUGUCCCGGCAGCACCAGCCUGGUACCUGUAUGGGUAGACAACGGCCUCAACCGCUGCUUUCUGGACACCGUCGUCACUUCCGUCCUCCUCUUCCUCAUUCUUGUCCCCGGGGGCGUCCAGAUCCUGCUGUUUCUGAGGCGGGCGGUGCUUGUUGAGCAGCGGUUCAGGGUGAGACCGCUGUGGUUCCGUCUGCAGGUGGCGCUGUCGGUGCUGAUGGUGCUGCAGUACGGCACGAGACUGGCUGUGCUUGGAGUGUUGGGCAAUGAGGACGACAGAGUAGACCUGUACGGCUAUAUGGAGCUCAGUGCCUGCUUCUCUAUGGCUUGCUAUCUCAUUUCCAUCGUCAUACUAACCAUGGAGAGAUCUCGCACGAUGAUGAGCCGCCGCCGACAGGGCCACGGAUUCGUCCUCCUUCUUUUCUGGACGUUGGCCUUCGUCAACGAGAAUCUGGCCUUCAUCUCGUGGCUGAGCCCCCACUGGUGGUGGGGUUUUGACAGUGAAGUUCAGCAGGCCGAGCUAAGCCUGUGGAUCGUGCGUUAUUUCUGCACGCUGCUGCUGUUCGCUGUCGGGCUCAGGGCGCCGGGCUUACCACGGAAGAGCUACACCUUGCUGAUCAAUGAAGAUGGCAAUGAGGAACAAGAAGUCCCCUUAAUCGCUACAGAUGACUCAACAUCCCGGCAGAAGUCCACCUGGGCCGACGCGUGGACCAAGACCAAGAUGGUCUUCCCGUACGUCUGGCCCAAAGGCCAUUACCUACUGCAGCUACGCAUCGUCCUGUGUAUCUUUAUUCUGGUUGCGGCACGUGUCGUUAACGUGUACGUGCCCGUCCUGCAUGGAGAAAUAGUCGAUGCCUUGACGCCCAUCGCUAAGGGGGACAGAGUGCAAUUCCCAUGGCAACUGAUUUCUAUAUAUGUCUCCCUGAAGUUUUUGCAGGGGAGUGGCUCAGCUGGUAUUGGUCUCUUGAGCAAUGCCCGUGCCUUCAUCUGGAUCAAGGUAUCUCAGUACACAACCAAGAGUAUUAUGGUGCGGCUCUUUGGGCAUUUGCACAGCCUUUCCCUGAAGUGGCAUCUGAACCGCAAGACCGGCGAGGUUCUUCGCAUGAUGGACCGCGGCACAACCAGUAUCAACAGUUUGCUGAGUUACAUCAUCUUCCAGAUAGUUCCCACCAUCGCCGACAUUGUCGUUGCCAUUGUCUAUUUUAUCACCGCCUUCAACGCCUGGUUUGGUCUGAUUGUCCUUGUUACCAUGACGUUUUAUAUUGCUGCCACUAUCGCCGUCACGGAGUGGAGGACCAAAUACCGACGGGAGAUGAACCUGGGGGACAAUAAGAUGAAGCAGAAAGCUGUAGAUUCCUUGCUGAACUUUGAGACGGUCAAAUACUACGGAAAUGAGGAUUUUGAGGUCAGCGUUUACGACGAAUCCAUCACGUCAUACCAGCGUAGUGAAUGGAAAUCCAUAGCUUCACUGGUCCUUCUGAACUCGGCACAGAACAUCAUCAUCACGUCGGGCCUGUUAGUUGGAUCGUUGCUGUGCGCUUACUACGUCAGUGAGACUAAACUCACGGUUGGUGACUAUGUCCUCUUUGCUUCGUACAUCAUACAGCUGUACGGUCCUCUCAACUACUUCGGAACGUAUUACAGGAUGAUUCAGCAAGCAUUCAUUGACAUGGAAAACAUGAUCGACCUUUUGAAAGAAAAGCAAGAUGUUGCAGAUUUCCCUGAUGCUAAGGAUCUCCAAGUCAAAAAGGGAGUGGUGGAGUUUGACAACGUCAGUUUCGCCUACAAUGUAGAAAAGCCCAUUCUCAAGGGAGUCUCUUUCGCUGUGCAGUCUGGCCAAACCGUCGCACUCGUGGGGCCCUCGGGUGCUGGCAAGAGCACCAUCAUCCGUCUCUUGUUCCGUUUCUAUGACAUCCAAGACGGCCAGAUCAGGAUUGACGGCCAGGACAUCAAAAAGGUUAGCCAGCAUUCCCUGCGGAAAGUCGUCGGAGUUGUGCCACAGGACACAGUGCUCUUCAACAACGACAUCAGGUACAACAUCAGCUAUGGCAAAAUAGGCAGCAGCGAGGAAGAGGUCAGCACUGCAGCAGAGGCAGCCGACAUCCACACCAGGAUCCUCUCCUUCCCCGACAAAUACAAGACAGUGGUCGGAGAGAGAGGGCUGAAAUUGAGCGGAGGUGAGAAGCAGCGGGUGGCCAUCGCUAGGACCAUCUUGAAAGCUCCUGAGUUUGUGCUCCUAGAUGAGGCGACGUCGGCUCUUGACACAAAAACCGAACGGAACAUCCAAUCCUCGCUUGCAAAUGUCUGCGCUAAUAGGACAACCAUUGUGGUAGCCCAUCGCCUGUCCACGGUCAUCGGUGCAGACCAGAUACUGGUUCUGCAAGAGGGCCACAUCAUUGAACGAGGAAGACAUGAGGACCUCCUGCAGCUGAACGGCGUGUAUGCCGACAUGUGGCUGCAGCAGCAGCAAGCCGAGGAAGAAGACGAGAACAAAAGCGGGGACGAAGACGACUCCACGGGGUCGGGACCGGAAAAGCUUGACUGAGACAUCCGUAGGUGAGAUAUAGAACCACAGUACCCGGGCACUGGUCAAAUAGCAAAGGCCAUGUCUGGAAAGUGUCUUCAGGAACCAAUUAGGAAUUAAAUGUACGGUCGAUCGAGAUUCACAUGCACAUAUCGAAAAUUGAUUAUGAGUUUUAAAAGGGACAUGACUAUGUCCUGUAAUACGCCCAAUUGGGCUACGAAAUGCGUUUUGAACAAAAUGAUGUCAAUCGGAAAGCACGUUUAAAAGUAAGAUAUAAACAUCCACACUAUCCUUUAAAAACUGUUUUUUGUGUGUGUUAUUCUUGUGUUAUUCGUGCGAGAACAAAUUUCGGGGUCCACUUUUGCAACCCCAAAAAAUCGGGCUGUUCAUGCUAGUUGUGAUUCCAGCCGUAAAGUGCUCGCCUUCUGUGGACGUAUAGGAAACCACAUUUGUGCAUUGGUGCUGUGUGUAAUUUAUGUGACACACACAACAUGUAUCGUGCAUUGAAUGAAAAUGGCAGGAAAAACGUAUGCAUAGUCUGUUGUGUCCGAUGUAAACAAGCGGGUUUUUUGUUGUCUUUUGUCGGGAAUAGUAAGAAAUUAUGUUAUUUUCCUUUCAGUUUCAACUACACCUUUUAAAUAAUGUUAGUAAACAAUCCAAUACAUGACAUUUUUGGGAUAUCGGGCCGUAAUGCCCCUUUAACAAAAUACUAAGAACGUCAUGUGUGUAUCGAUGUAGCUUUUGGAGGUAGCUGACUAUAGUUGAUAUUUUAAAGAUUUUAAAGAUGUAAACCUACGCAGUUAAAAUAAAAUCGCUCACAAUUUUUCGAAUAUUUGAAUGAGAAAAAUCCUGUUCAGGUAUUCAGUGGAUGACCGAACAUUUGAAUAUUCGGUAUAUUUUGACCAGCCCUAUCAGGUACAAAUCUUUUAGAGACUAACUCAAGAAAAAUAUGGUUUAUGCCCCCCCCCCCCCCCCUUAAAAUUUUCCGUUUUAAAUUUGUUCCAAAUUUUUCGGGUAGCCCCCCCCCCUCCAUUGAAAUCUUUCUCGCUUAGUUACUGGUCGACUCAUAAUCGUUUACAAAACUGUAUUAGCUCCUCCAUGGUGCCAUGGAACAUGUGGAAUAAGAAUGGUCCGUAGGAAGGUGGUUCCUUAAACUUGUUGCCCUACAAAUGCGGGUGGCGGAAUGAAAGAUUAAUAGGCCAAAAUGGGCCUUCCACGGUCCACCAGUAUUGCUACAUAAUGUGUAUGUCAUGCAGGGAGGAAGUAGAGAAGCCAUAUAUAUUGGAACAAAAUGUUAUAGAUGUCUUAUUUAGAAAUAGCCAACUUCGGUUGUUUAUGCUAGAAAAUGUUUAGUCUGGGAUAGGCUCGAAUGCGGAGAUGAUGACCUCAUUUUUCUUUUGUACAUAAAUGUGUUACUGCCGAAAAGACACAUCAUUUGUGAUACUUUGACGGAAGAUGUUGGACUUAUAUGCACCCAGCUUUGAAUUAUGUGGAAUUUUGAUAGCAGGAAAUGGGCCUUUGAUGCCGAAUUCUGCGGUUUGGAUGAAAUAAUGGAUCGAAUGAAGAAUAGUGGAAUUGAGGAAUUAAGAAUAAUGGAAUUACGUCCGCUCCAGCCAGACGGAAUUGUGGGGUGAUAGCAUUGUGUUCCCAUUAUCCCUAUUUCUAAAGAUUCUCUUCUGGGGUGAUGUUUUUCUAUUGUGAAAAUAGUGGGGUGAUGUGUCCUGAAAGGAACAUCACCCCACAAGGGGGGUAUGGUCAGAACGUCCCCACAAGACUUUAAAAUUGUGAUUUUUGUAAAUACCAAUUUAAAAGAAUUGAAAAUCAUGUGUUACUGAAUGGUACCGCAUGUUACUUUUCUAGCGUAUGUUAAUGGAGGGGCGUUUAGACUAAUGGUUAAAAAUUCAAAUGAUUAUGAUGCUAUAAUCAUGGACAGGUUGAGGUUUGGCGUGUAUGGUAUUGGAGAUACAAUGUAACAAAAAAUGAUAAGACAAGUUUUUGCACCGUAAAGACCGUCUAACGUUUCAGUAGCUUACACCUUAGCGGUGCAUUAUGUGGGCUCAGUACGAGUAUGGAUGUAAAUUUCAUUUGAAAAAAUCUUGUCAAAAUUUUUGUUGAAUAAAAAUGACACGAAAGAUUU